AUGGCGGACAACGCCCCUCCGUCUGCAGAGACCCUGCUAAAGGGCGCUGCUGCUCACACCCCCAAAACCGCUGAAGAGAUCGCUAAAGAUUACGACCUGCUCCCCAAAUUGAUCCCAUACCUCGACCGCCAUCUGGUUUUCCCCCUUCUAGAAUUCAGCAGCGGACAGGAUGAUGACAACUUGGAGAUUACGCGCGCCAAGUAUGAGCUCCUCAAGCACACCAACAUGACCGACUACGUCGCCAACUUGUGGCAGGAAAUCAACGAUUCAGACACAAUCCCAGACGAGUUUGUCAAGAAGAGGGAGGACGUGCUCACCAAGUUGCAAAAAUAUCAAGAAGAGAGCGAGAAGAUCACGGAUCUUCUGCAGGAUGAUGCUGUGGUUGGAAACCUCCGUAGCGACAAGGUUGCCAACUUGAAAUUCCUCGAGGAGCAGCAUGGUGUUACGAAUGAAAUGGUCAACAGUCUUUUUGACUACGGCCGAUUUCAGUACAGCUGUGGCAGCUACGGAAAUGCAGCAGAGCUUUUGUAUCAGUUCCGUGUCUUGUCGACCGAUAACGACAAAGUUGCAUCCGCAACAUGGGGAAAAUUUGCUUCCGAGAUUCUGACCACCAGCUGGGACGCCGCCAUGGAGGAAGUUCAGAAGGUUAAAGAUCUGAUUGAAACACGUCUUUUUAACAAUCCUCUCGGCCAGUUGGAACACCGCACCUGGUUGAUUCACUGGUCUCUCUUCCCCUACUUCAAUCACGACCCCGCUCGGGACGUUCUGACCGACCUCUUCUUCUCCCCCGCCUACAUCAACACCAUCCAGACAAACUGCCCUUGGGUCCUCAGGUACUUGGCAGCUGCAGUCAUUACAAACAGAGGUCGCGCACACAAGAAUACCAGCCUCUACCAGAAACAAUUGAAGGACCUUAUCCGCGUCGUUCGUCAAGAGGACUAUGAAUACUCGGAUCCUAUUACUGAUUUCAUCAAGGCUCUCUAUGUCAAAUUUGACUUUGAGGAGGCUCAGAAGAAAUUGGGAGAGGCCGAAGAAGUUUUGCGCAGUGACUUCUUCCUAGUCUCGGCAGCGGACGCAUUCGUUGAUGCGGCUCGGCAUUUGAUUUCUGAGAGCUACUGCAAGAUCCACCAACGUAUAGAUAUCAAGGAUCUAUCUGCUCGACUGGGUCUGGACCAAGAUGAAGGCGAGAAAUGGAUAGUCAACCUCAUUCGUGACACCCGAGUUGACGCGAAGAUUGAUUACAAAGAAGGAACGGUCGUUAUGAACCAUCCUCCUCAAUCAGUAUAUCAGCAAGUUAUUGAAAGGACCAAGGGCGCUUUCUUCAGAACCCAAGUCUUGAGGUUCGUCUCAGAUUCUAUAUUCUUUAUCUUUUGUUUUGUUAUAGUCUGA